AAAAUUUAUGCUGAUUUCGUGUAGAAAAACAUAGAUUCCUCUUGGAGUAGGUCGACGAGCCUGGUGUCAGGGGCUGAUCUGGUCACACUGCCAUAGCUGUCAAGAGAGAAACAAGAACAUUAAAAAGACUCAACGAAACACAAUAGACAAAUAGAAAUAAUCCCUAGUAAUUGUACAAAAUGGCUGGAUAUAUGAAGACGAGGAAACGCAGCCGGGAAGACGACCUGCCCUGUGAAUCGACGCCUCUCUCGAAGCGCAUAAACAAUCUUCACCUCAACUAUGAUGACGGAAACAGCAGCAGCAGUAGCAGCUGCAGCAUUCCGCCCCUGGGCAACAGUGAUAACAACAACUACCUGCUCACAGGAGCACCAUCAUCAGUGCCUGGAGGGUCCACCGAACGGGUGUUUGAAUACAACCCGGAGCUGGGGGCCGACCAAAACCCAUUUUACUACGAAAAGAACAAGAUGCUGUAUGACUUGCACGUUGAGCGUCUCAAGCGCAACAGCCAGUAGACAUUAGACAGGGUCGGGUCGUGGAGGUGGAGCUACGUAUCCAGAAACCACACUCUCGAAUCGCCAGCGUGUCCCGUGCCAAUCGUUGCUCAGGUCGCACUCUUACCCUCCUCCCAAAAUAUACAAAUUUUAGUGUUAGUUUAGCCAUAGUUCAUAGUUCUGUUAAAUUUGUAUGUUUUCGUAUGUGCGCACAGAGUUGGGACACCCAAGCACCAGCGUUUAUGUGAUAAGCAUUAGCAAUUUAAAGAUACAUUUAUACAGACUUAUAGAAGCAGUUGACCCCCCAAACGCGCACAUGUAGUCUAAGCUGGGUCCUGUCUCCUAAUUUGUAAAUUAUUCGUCUAUUUAUAAGGCGCUAUUCAAAAAAAUAAAAUUCCAACUUCAAAUGGGAA